AUGUCGGCCACGGUUACUGAUACACCUUUCAUCAAGGCUGAUGAAGUUAAUCAGGCUCAGGCUUGCCUGGAUGAUUCGCUCAGCAGCCAUUUAGAACUUGAUGAUGAUCGGACUCCUUUAGAUUCUUUAGGAUUCGAUUCCAAACGCUCAUUUCCGAUACAUGGAGACUCUAACUAUGAUGAACUUAAUUUAGAUUGCUCCAUUGAUGGUUUACAAAGCGACCGCCUCACAGAGGUAUCUAACGUAAGACAAAAAGAGGAGCUACAUCGACCUAUAGGAAAAGCCUCUAAAUCAAUUUCAUCCCCUAAUAGUCAGGAUCCUUAUUUAGAUCAGCAAAUGGUCUUAUCUUUCUCUGAAUCUGAUCAGUUAAGUCUGAAGAAUAAAUCAUCUUUGGCUACUAAUCCAACUACUAUGACUCCUAAAUUUGCUGUCACAGAUGCUCUCUUGGAGGGAUUUGCACCUGAGAGCCCUUCUUUACUUGAAGGCAUUGACCCUGGAAUGAAAAUUGUUCAAGAACAUUUGUUGCCUAAUGAGGAUAAAAGGGAACCAAUUUUACAAACCCUGGAGAUGACAGAAAAUAUUGCGCAUCAAAUUAUUUUACUCAAUGACGAUGCUGAUGAGACAAAUAUAGGGGUUACGAAAGCAGAGGAUUCUAUACCAAAUGAAUCAGACAUAGAAUAUCCUAGACCAGGGAUGUUAAAGCCUGGUCCUGCAGAG